AUGUCCAUUCCUUACCAACCGUCGUUGCAACCUAAUGGGUCUUACCCAACAAGUGCUGGUGGUAUGCCAAUGGCACAUCCACAGCAACAACAAUUUCAACAUUAUCAACAACCAUUUGUUCCGAUGCCGUACAUGCAACAACAGCAGCCAUUACCACCUCCACAACAGCAACAACAGCACUUUCCACCAAUGCAGCAGCAACAGCAGUAUCCAAUGCAUCACUAUCCACCACCGCACAUGCAAGGGCGCGUUUCAUAUCCUCACCCAAUGUUUCCGUCACAAAUGGUCAAUAGAGGCUUCUCGCACAAUAUACAAGGCGUUUUUUCGACAUACCCCGCACGAUUAAAGCAAUCUGAAGACAACGCGUUGUUAUUGCCCAGCAGCUACCUUACAAACAAAAAACCACGAUUUGCUCCUGAAUCCGACGAUGAUUUCGACGAUGGGGAGGAUUCAGACGAAGGAACACCAUCAUCGGGCAUGCGGACACGAUCGGCUGUUGCUGCUGCAGCCACUGCCGCUGCUGGACGGACGUCAACGCCAGGGAGUCAAGGUCCACCACAAGCAGAACUUCGUAAAGUGUUGCGUAAAAAGAACCAUAUCUAUCCUCCAGAGAAAGAACUUGAAAGGGCAUCUAAGAUGGAGGAAGUACUGGUGCCAAUUCGGUUAGAUAUUGAUUUGGACGAGGUGAAAUUGCGGGACGCGUUCUUAUGGAAUAUGAACGAGCAAUUUUUGUCACCGGAAAAGUUCGCAGAGUUGCUAUGUGAAGAUCUAGAGCUUCCAGUUGUCAAGUUUGUACCGCUUAUUGCUGAAUCAAUACGAACUCAAGUGAUGGAUUUUGAAGCAGUACAUGAAGUUGAGCUACCUUCAGAGAGCAUCCGAGUGGUGAUCAAUCUUGAUUUACAAAUUGGCAAAAUUAAUCUGCGAGAUCGUUUUGAAUGGGAUUUAAACAAUACGUCGGACAAUGCACCUGAAGUAUUUAGCAAACAACUGGCGGCUGAAGCUGGACUGGGCGGCGAAUAUGUUCCCAUCAUUGCUCAUGCUAUUCGGGAACAGCUUUACAGACACAAGAGGCGAUGGGUUGACGAGUCGCUACACGAAGAGCUUGCCGAACCUCUCUUAAACGGAUUCAGAAACAUAGAAGACGCAGCAAGUUGGGCACCACAGAUGGAAGUACUAUCGAAUGAAGAAUUGGAGAAGUUGCUGAUUGCUCAGGAGCGUAACAUGAGACGUCUGCGUCGAGAAACAAGAUUUAAGCGAUCAAGACGACGUCUAUCAGCGACACCAUCUCGACGCCCUCAUGGAACACCUUAA